GUCGAACUGCGCUCUCUUAUGCCAUCGAAAGAAUGAAUUAUGAUGAACGAUAUGAAAGUCCGGCACGAAUAAUCAUUGACGCUGGUGCUAAUGUUAACUUAGCAGAUGAUAAAGGACAAACACCCUUGUUUUAUGCAUUGAGGCCUUCCGCCGUACGCUUGUUAUUAGACCAUGGUGGAGAUUUAACUCUUCGAAACAAUCAGCAGGAAACCGCCUUGAUUCAUAUUUUGUCUGCGAAAGAUUAUUUUCAAGAUAAAUACCCAUAUUUCGACUACUACGAAUGGUCACAUUUAUGCGAGCAGUACGUUAGUGCACUGCUCAAUUACGUAGACACUACUUACGUAAACGCAAGAGACAUGUAUGGCAGAACAGCUAUGUUCUCUGCAGCUACAACAAUUGAUGAUAGUGAAAUGUUUGAAGUUAUAGCGGCGAUGCUUGUUCGCAAGGGGGCUGUUGUAAACGAUACCGAUAAUAACGACAUGAGCGUUUUAUCGUAUUUCAUUGAGAGACAUUGUUGCAACAGUUUUAAGGAUAACAGAAAUGUUUCAGAAAGACUAUCAUUUUUCAUCAAGAAUGGCAUACGUAAUUCAGCAAUCUUCACCUCAGCAUUGAGCUACUUGUAUGCUAUAUUGCCAAACUACUUCUACAGUUCUAAUACAGUGCUUAGAAGAGAGAUGUUUCCGAAUGCUAUAUCUGUUGCAUACACAUACGCUAGUCAUGAAGAGCAAUCUACUGAUAACUUACAUGCACUACUCGACGACGAAAGAAUACCAGAAGCAAUGAAUUUAAUGGUGAUGUUAGGUGUCAAUCCCAACAGUGCCGAUUCGUAUGGAAACACUGCCCUUCAUUAUGUCACUCUACUUCCAUUCCAUGGGGUAUCACAAGAGAACGUAAAGAAAGUACUGAAGACGCUUAGAAACCAUGGGAUACGAACCAACAUCAGAAAUCAGGAAAAAGAGACGCCUCUACAUUUCUGUCUUUCAGAACAAGCAUGGAAACUAGCAAGCGARAAAGACACAUGGAGUGGAAUCAUGACAGUGGUGGAGAUUUGUGAGUUUCUUCUUCAAGAUGGCUCGCUCAUUAGUGAAACAACGAGAAGUGGAAAGACUGUGUAUCAUUUGAUUAUGGAAUUGUUAUCACAUGGACUGUCUAUGAAUGACGUGAUAAUUCGAGAUGUGAUUUGCUCAAGUUCAGUUAAACUUCUUAAAAUGUUUUCCAAAAUAACUGGCGAAGAUUUAAAUGUCUUAAAGAAGAUGGAUCACAAACUUAAGUCUCCCCUACAUCUUUGGGCUUCCUUAUCUCUGCCGCCAAAUCAAAAAUACUAUGGAGAUCCUUUAACGCUUCUUCUUGACACCAUAUUCAAGCACUUAUGGCAACCCGGAAUGUCGCCAAACCCAAGGAAUGAUCAAGAUCAAACAUCUCUUCAUCUUUGCAAGACUUGGACCGCAACCAGACUCUUAAUAGAAGCAGGAGCAAAAGCAAAUGUUGUUGAUAGAGAAGGACAACCUCCUCUCUUAAAUGUUGCAAGACAUUCACUGUUGAAGAUUCAACAGGGUUAUAUCUUUCCAGACGUCGAGGAAGACCCUAAACAGUUCUUUGAAACGUGUGUGUCAUUAGGUCUUGAUAUAUGGAGUUCUGGCAAUGAAGGGCAAUCCAUGCUUAGCAUCUUCCUGUAUUUCGAGGCUUAUGCAUUGGCAAAAGCUUUGAUCGAUGUUGCUGUUGCAAGAUGUGAAUCAACCACAAUCGUGAAGCAGUUGUUGGACGCUAUUUGCAAAGAUCAGUCCACRAGUACGACUUGGAAAAGUCUUCUUACUUUAACGCUUAUAACCUCACCACAACUUGCCUCUAGCACCAAUCUCGAUGGUUCACUCCGCCACAUUUGCACAAACAUCGAAAAGCAGGUACUGGGACAGAAGCAAGAACAGCGUGUUGGAAUUGAAGAAGGCAAUGAAUCUGAAGAGCCCCCAAAUAAGAGACCGAGAAUUGUUGAUACUGAAAAUCGCAGCACGCCGAAAUCGAAUGUCUUUUUUGAUAUUGGAAGACAGCUACUGUUUUAUGGAGCCGAUGGCAACAGUUUGUGUAACGAUUUCCCAAAACUUCACUCCUUUUUGACGGCCGUAAUUACUCCAGACCAAAUGAAGGAAAUAAUUCCAUGGACUUCGCAUUCCACAAGACAUGAAGACAAGCUUAGAGCAGUCUCAAGAAAGCAAAACGUUGCGGAGAUCGGCAGCUACUGUUACCAUGAAGAACGUAUAGAUAAAGGAGCCUUCGGCGAAGUUUUUGCUGGAAUAUGUAAGAACGAUGGAAGGGAAGUUGCAAUUAAGAAAAUAAUAAGAAGCAAUGGUAAAGUUAAGGGUCAAGAUAAAAGAGAGAUAAGUAAUCUUGUAGAAUUGGCAGACUGUCCACAAGUCGUGAAGUACAUCUCUUUCGAUGUCAGUGAUAAACACUUUGUGUUCAUUGUGUUAGAACUGAUGGAGGGGCAUCUAGACGAUUAUUUUCCAAGUCCAUCGUUUGAUGCAAGUCGAAGACCAAGAUUAUGCCGUGAUGUUGUACAGGGUCUGGCAUAUUUACACCAGCACGAGCCAAAACCAAUUCUUCACCGUGAUCUCAAACCAGAAAACAUCCUUUACAAGUUUGAUAAAGAUGGCAAAGUUAUCGUUAAGAUAGCAGAUUUUGGUCUCAGUAGUCCUCUCACGACUGGCAGGACAACUGUUCUUCAUUCCAAAGUAGGUACCCGUUGCUGGAUUGCUCCAGAAUUGUUGGCGUCUGAGUCACACAAGCAUUCYACAUCGUCUGAUGUUUUUUCYUGUGGACUCCUGCUACAUUACAUUCUUUCAAAGCAAAAGCAUCCAUUCRACCCAGCAGGAUKCACCAACAUUGAUGAUAUCCAAACACCAGUAAAUAUGMGGGAAAAUAAAAUGGAUGGGUGGAAUAAUGACCUUUCUCCUGAAGCCGCGCACCUAAUUAAAGGCAUGCUUGAACAAGAUGACAACCAGCGACCAUCUGCUGCCGAUUYGUUACAUCAUCCAUUCUUUUGGUCUCAAAAGAAGAAGAUGGAUUYCCUAUGUGCUGUUGGCAAUCAGUACGAGUUUGAGUGUCCAUCUACWASYAAAGCAGCCUCUUAUCAUGUAACCACGGSAGUGGAAGCUSAUCUUGAAAACAACUUCGCCAACAUCGUACGAUAUGCAAAGUGGGAUGAUCCUAAUUACAAAAAUGUGGCAAAAGUUGUAGCCGAGAUGAAGAAUCCGAUCGCGAAAGUAAAUAAAAAGGGAGCAACCUACUUCCAAAACCCAAGAACCUACGAUACUARWUCCAUGGUUGAGCUAGUUCGUUUCAUCAGGAACGCAAAAAAUCACGUGUCUGAGUGCAGUCGACCACCUGACAUUAGGAAACUGAUUCUUGAGGACUUUGUGUUUUUGAAAGAAUUUCCACAUCUACUGAUGGAGGUUUACAAAGCUGUGACUACACAUGGGUGGGGCCCCAGGGAAGAAAUCAAGUAUGAUAUGACAGAUCACGAGCAACAGCCAUGAAUUGCUUAUAGAUGUCGUCUCGUUUAAAGUUAGUCAUUUGGAAGAGGUCACUCUGCAAUGAUGGGUACUUAAAAACACGCAUGUGUUCCACAAGCCUACUACAGCCUGGUAGUCCACAAGACAAGAAACUACCAAGAUUAACUAUAGAACACAUAGCUUUAAAUAUUUUGAACAGAAUGUAUUAGAAAAAUGUUGCAUCAAUCACAUAAUCAAUUAAGUAUCGUUGCUAUAAUAAGCAACUCGUAAUAGAAUAAAAGCCAGAGUACGCAUGCUCUGGAACAUUCAAACGUGAUUGGCAUAUUUUUAUGCCAUAUUAGGUACUCAAAGCUCGAUGCAAAAUAUAUAGCCACUCGUAUUACGAAUAAUGAAUAUUUAAAGAUUUUCUUUCUUUAGAAAUAUUUUUCAAGAAAUGCAUUGAUGUUGACAUUUUUAUUCUGGGUUUCUAGUGAUACGCAUCAACAUCACUGCAAAUAAGCAAUACGUAAAUUACACGUAUAUUCAUACGGAUACGUAAUAACAAUAUUGUAGAGCACGGAGUGCAAGAAAUUUACGUUGUAGGAUACGUUUUAAUUUUCCUAUGCGUUUAUGGUGAUACACAUUACCAUUAGGGAAAUUACGCACGGAUAUACGUAAAACGAAUACGUAGCACGGAACGUAAGACAUCAUACGUAGUUUACACGCGUUUGAAUUAUAUUAGUUUCUGAUACGCUUUGUCAGUAUACUGUGAAUCAUAAGCAGUUGACCUAAUUCACGGAAAUUAUUAGGAUAGGUAGUAAUACGAAUAUACAGGAGUACGGAACGCAACACACGAACGUAGUUUACACGCGUUUGAAUUCCCUUAUUAGUUUUUGAGCGCAUUACGUACCAGUAUACUGUAAAUAAGAAGGACUUAAACUACGCGGAAAUUAGUAUAGGAUAAGUAGUAAUACGAAUAUUCAGGAGUGUGACCCAACGCAAGACAUGUACGUAGUUUUUCACGUGCGUUUGAAUUCGUUAUUAGUUUCUGAUACGCAUUACCAGUAUACUGUAAAUAAGUGAAUGAUUCAUGUAGUAAUACGAAUAUUUAUAGGAGUACGGAACGCGAGACAUAUAUUAAGAUUUUGACUUUUUGAUGAUACGCGGCAGUACUUUGUAAAUAAGCAAUACACAUUUUCAGUAAAUAGCUAAAAAAAUAAAAAAUAUAAAAUA